AUGGGCGGACUCUCGCUGAACCCGCUGGUUGCUGGGCUCGUCGUCGCGGCGCGUCUGGUUGCCGCCGUGGACCUGAAAACAUGCAAAGCAGACAUCCAGCAACGCCUCGACAACAACACAUUAUCACGCAAUGACACCAUUUUCUACUUCAACGGCACGAGUUACAUGUCCGGGCCAAUCGACAUCUGGCUCACUCUCCCGGGAUGCCAGACGACGUGUCCGAACCCAAACAUCGACCUCUACGACGACAUGUGGCCACGGCUCCUGACCUGGCUUGUGCCCGCCCUUCUUCUGGUCGGGAGCGUCCAUCUCCCGCGCAUCGGCCACCUCAACCGCAUCUUUGUGAUUCUUCACUUCAUGGGAGACCCCAUCGACUCCAUGUGGGCGCUGCUCACCAAGGGCGAAGUCUGGAACCGCUUCUACUCUCUCGCCCUACGACGCACCUUAGCAGGCCCGGACCAAGAGCCCAUGGCAAAGGCUCUUGCCGUGAUGCUUUCAGCCUUCGAGGAGCUAACGGGCGACAUGGCGACUGUGGAGGAGGAGUUCAACGCCAUCAUGACCGAGAACGGGGCGCAGCUGUCUAAGGAGGACUUGGAUUAUAUCUUGAAAGAGACAGCCGAGGAACUGGUUGACAGCCGCUCAAACGAGGGCCUCCGCACUAUUCUGGUGAUUGUCAAUUAUCUCUGGGCAGUCCUCGCCGCUCUUGUCCCCGAGAUUGGCGGCACACAGUCCAGCCAGCCCGGUGGUCGAAUCGGCACUGCCAUGUUUCUCUCGUGGCUGGUCACGGCCGUCCUUCUCAGCAACACCCUCUCGGGCUUCACCUCGCGACGGACCUGUCUCCGGAUCAUGGAACGCUACACGAGAACGCUCAAAGGCAAGAAACGCGAUAUGCACUUCUUUCCUUACAGCCCUCGCAUCCUCGCCCAGGCCAAACGAGGCAAGGUCGACGACUUCAUCGACGCCCAACCGUGGAACGGCAGCGUCUACAGCUACCGUCCCCGCAAGCGCCUCACCUGCAGCAGUGGCAAGGGGGACUGGUCCCCAGCCUUCCUGCUCGCCCUCUCCACCAUGCCCGUCAUUAUCGCCGCCGUGUCAGCUUUCGUCAUCAUCUGGUUCACGCCGACCAUCGGCCUCGGCUGCCGCACGCUGUGGGUCAUUGCCCUGACAGCGGGCCUCUUCAUCAGCCCGAUCCUGACCUGGGCCAUCUCGCGUACCGUCCACCGGGGCAGGACGGCGUGGUACGCCACCAUCGCCAAGGACGCCGUGUUCGGCGCGACGGGCGUACUCGUCAUCCUGCUCUCGUCCAUCGGUAUCUUCAACACGUGCUGGUGCUGGAGCGGCGUCUACUCACGCGGCCUCGCGGGCGCCUACAUCGACCUCGAGCCCGAGGACGAGCGCCUCUACAACGCCCACCACCUGUACCCAGCCAUGGUCGGGACGUGUCUGGCGCUGCAGGUCGUGACGUACGUGGUGAUGCACCGCGUCAUGAAGCCUGGUGGGAUUGUCUUCCGGCCGCGCGAGGAGGAGAAGAUGGAGCAGUACAGGGCGAUUCACGGGCUGACGGGGUCGCCGGAUAUUGAGAUGAAGGGGCCAGCGGCAAGGGGGAGGGCGGUUGGUGGGGAUAGGAGGGAGAGUGAGGCUGCGCCGUUGCUGCUGCCGCCGGCCGCUCUGGGCAGUCCGCACGGGAGUCCGCUGUUGAGACCGCGGGCGGGGUCGCAUACGUCGCUGAGGUCGUCGGGGGGCGUUGAGGACGAACACCCAAAUUGGCACACCCCAGAGUACCACUUAACUACCUGA